GGCGGCGGCCUGAGAGGCGCGGCGGCGCUGAGGGCGGUGGCGGCCCAGCAGAAGGGAGUAAGUCAUAAGACGAUCUAUACAAGGACGAGUUCUAAGAAAAAGCUGCAAGUCAUUUAAUGACCAAAUAAGGUCUCCAUUCUCAUGAUUUAUCUGAUAUGCUUCUCCUGGAGCCAUGGAUGAAUACAACCGCUUUGUGGAUUGGGAUAAAAUGGAUGUUACUGUCCAGAGCCAGGAUGCGAAGGAGCUAACGUGCACAGAGUUCCAGGAGCUCAAGCAGCUGGCCCGGCAGGGCUACUGGGCCAAGAACCACUCUCUGAGAGCCAAAGUGUACCACAAACUAAUUAGCAAUAUCCCGUGCCGCACAGUGACCCCAGAUGCAAAUGUGUACCGGGACAUUGUUGUGAAGAUUGUUGGAAAACGUAACAGUAGCUCCCUUCCACUACCAGAGUUUGUGGAUAACAGCCUGGUCCCCACGUACUGCUUGAAUGCAGAAGGCAUCGGGGCAGUCAGGAAGAUUAUACUGUGCAUUGCGAAUCAGUUCCCAGACAUAUCAUUUUGCCCAGCGCUGCCUUCCGUCAUAGCUUUGCUCCUCCACUACAGCAAAGAUGAGGCAGAGUGCUUUGAACAGGUUUGUCGCAUCCUUGCUUGCAAUGACCCGUCUAAGCGGCUCAUCGAUCAGACGUUCUUAGCUUUUGAGUCCUCCUGCAUGACCUUUGGUGACCUGGUUAACAAGUACUGUCAGGCGGCACAUAAGCUGAUGGUGGCAGUGUCCGAGGAUGUGUUGGAGGUGUACUCCGACUGGCAACGGUGGCUCUUCGGAGAACUGCCUAUGGUGUACGUUGCGCGGGUCUUUGAUGUGUUUCUGGUGGAGGGCUACAAAGUUCUGUAUCGUGUUGCGCUGGCUCUUCUGAAAUUUUUUCACAAAGUCAGAGCUGGGCAGCCCAUGGAGUCUGACAGCAUACAGCAGGACAUUCGAGCUUUUGUGAGAGACAUUGCCAAGUCAGUGUCUCCGGAGAGGCUUCUGGAAAAAGCCUUUGCUAUCCGCCUUUUCUCACGGAAGGAGAUCCAGCUUCUGCAGAUGGCCAAUGAGAAGGCUUUGCAACAGAAGGGCAUCACUGUCAAACAGAAAAGUGUUGCAUCUCCCAAAAGGCAGAAUGUGCACUUAGCAGUUCAUGCUGAGAACUUCAAGUCUGAAAUUGUCAGUGUGAAAGAGAUGCGAGAUAUCUGGUCAUGGAUCCCAGAGCGAUUUGCACUUUGCCAGCCCCUCUUGCUUUUCACCACCUUGGAACAUGGCUGUAGUCUGAGCAGGUUCUAUUCUCACAGCGAGGGACAUGAACCAACUCUUCUCCUCAUCAAGACCACAGCAAAAGAGGUCUGUGGUGCUUACCUGUCAACUGACUGGAGCGAGCGCAGACGAGGAGGGAACAAGCUGAGUUUCUUUGGAACUGGGGAGUGCUUUGUAUUUAGGCUGCAGCCAGAAGUGGAACGCUACGAGUGGGUGAUCAUAAAACACCCAGAACUGGCCACAACUGGUUCAGAGCCAGAAAAUCAUGCCUCACCAGCUUCCAGCACCCUCUCUUCUGGCAGUGUCCCAUCAGACCCCUCAGAUCGCCUUUCUCCCUUCUUAGCGGCUCGGCACUUCAACUUGCCUUCCAAAACAGCCUCCAUGUUCAUGGCUGGCAGCAGCGAGUGCAUCAUUAUAGGAGGUGGUGAUGGCCAGGCUCUUUACCUCGAUGCAGAUCUGAACCACGGAAGAACCAGCCACUGCGAUACUUUCAAUAAUCAGCCACUGUGCUCUGAAAGCUUCCAGAUCUCUGUCUUGGAGGUGUGGGGCUUCAGGGACACCAUGAAUGGUUGACUUGACUAUCAACUAGUUUUCCAGUUGUCCUAGGAUUCCCAAGGCAACCUCUAAUGCAGGAGCCAAGUUAAACGUAAUUUCUGCUGGACUCAGUGCUUUUUAGUAAUUACUAAGUGGUGCACUUGAAUGCAGGGCUUAGUUGUUUACUCUUAUUUUAUUUAAGACAGGUCAAGUAAAAGUAAUGAAUCUGAUUAACUCCUUAGCUCUUUACCUCUAGAGAUCUGGAUUCAGGUCCUGUUAUAAGGUAAAAAUGAAAAUGUAAUGAUUUCAAACCAUCCUAAAUGGAUACAAGUCCGUAUUACAGGAUAGGUUUGCAGUUUGAUGGAAUUCCUCAGAGGCACAGAGCUGGCUGAGGUGCACUGUAGACCUGUGUGUCACUGGCACCAGUAUCUGGCUUGAGCCAGUAAUACCAAAUGUCUGCUCACAGGGAACAUUGAUGACCUCAGAUUUGACAUAGAACAGUAGUUCAUAAAAUCAUUGCCCUACUAUAAGCAGACGUUGCGCAGACAAAUCAGUACCAUUUUGUAAGUUAUGAAAGCCCUCAAUUCACACAAGAACCAUGAUUGCUAGUUAUCCUUCGCUUUGUACCUGAACCCUUGACACAUUCCAGUUGCGUCUGUUUGAGGAGUCUGCCUCUGAGAAAGGCAUCCAGACUGGACAACGAUAUCUCAAAGGCUUGAUUUUGUUUACAUUCCUAUUCCAUAUCAGUAUAAUGACUUCAAACCGACUCCUGUUUCAGGCAGCUGAAAGCCAGAGCAUGUACGCAGUGCUCAGAAACUUCCCUUGCUUCAUCUUUCCUGGAAGCUGAAAUGAAGCUUUAAAUCUGAGAAUAACUGUGCUGAUAUCACUACAUGUUUGGGGAAUUAGACAUUGCGAUACAGAAGCUUAAUGCUCUCCCUACAAGUAAAUGAAGGGAGGUGGGAGGGAAAGUCUUCUGUGUAGUAGUAUUCUGGGAGUGGACGAGUUUCCCAGGAGAACUCUAGGUGACACUGUUUCUCCAUAUCAUGAGUCUUCCCAGUGAUGAGAUCCUGAAAAAGGUAGCGCUUUUUUGCCAGCAGUGUUCUGGUAGGGUUUGGAUGAUGCCAAGAGGCUUUUGCUUCCUCCUGAGAAUUCAUACAGUUCUCUGCAAGCAUACCUUGUGGCAUGUGAUGUCUGGAGGCAAUUGCCUGGUGUCUUUAUCUAAAACUUGCAGCAUCUGCUGUAGAACGUCUCCCACAUGAAGCACAAGUAUAUAAACAUCGAUGGAUAGUCCAGAGCAUAUGACAGGAUGCUCUCAAAGCUUCAGUGGGUAAUUUGCUUAGUAAGAAGACUUACCACAACAAGUAAAAUGAGGGGAAAGAGGAAUUGCUGGUUUUUUCAGCAGUUCCAUCUAAAAAAUUGCUUUAG